UCAUUCUCUUCCUCUCCACUUUUUUUUAGAUUAGUUCCCAUUCUCCCUUUCUUCUUCAUCUUCCCAUGGAGAUUGGGUAACUCAACCAACAUAACCAUAAUCAUCAAACUCAAAUUCAAAUUCAAAUUCAAAUUCACAUUCACAUUCACAUUUCAUUCAAUUAAUUAACGGAUUCAAAUUAAAAUUUGAAUUGAAUAUAUAAAAAAAAGGCGCGUGUGCGUCUCAUCAUCCAUCAUCCAUGGGAAGUUGCGUAUCAACGCAAGGAAAAAAUGGGGGACGCAAGAGAUCAAGGGAUCAUAACAUUAACAACAAACAGCAUAAAACAAACGAUCCACACCACGAAGUUUCAACACCGACGGCGCGUAGGUCAAGCGUGUCGACGACGCGUCCACUAAACGUGGUGACGAAUCCAAGUCCGGGAAACAUAUUCGACAAGUACGAAUUGGGGAAAGAGCUAGGGAGAGGGGAAUUCGGUGUGACGCACCGUUGCGUGGAGAUUAAAACGGGUGAGGCAUUUGCUUGUAAGAAGAUAGCGAAAACGAAAUUGAGAACGGAGAUUGAUAUUCAAGAUGUGAGGAGAGAGGUUCAGAUAAUGAGGCAUUUACCAAAGCACCCUAACAUUGUUUCUUUUAGAGAAGCUUAUGAAGAUAGAGAUGCUGUUUAUCUUGUUAUGGAACUUUGUGAAGGUGGUGAACUUUUUGAUAGGAUUGUUGCUAAAGGUCAUUAUACAGAAAGAGCUGCUGCUAAUGUUGCCAAAACCAUUCUUGAAGUUUGCAAGGUGUGCCAUGAUCAUGGUGUGAUUCAUAGGGACUUAAAACCUGAAAAUUUUUUAUUUGCAGAUGGAACUGAGGGAGCUUCACUAAAAUCGAUUGAUUUUGGCCUUUCCACUUUCUAUAAUCCUGGGUCAGGCGAAAAAUUCAAUGAAAUUGUUGGAAGUCCCUAUUACAUGGCUCCUGAGGUUUUAAGACGUAACUAUUCACAAGAAAUUGAUAUAUGGAGCACAGGUGUUAUUCUUUAUAUUUUACUUUGUGGAGUUCCACCUUUUUGGGCAGAAACUGAAGAAGCCAUAGCACAGGCGAUAAUCCGGGGUAAUGUUGAUUUCACAAGAGACCCUUGGCCUAAAGUUUCAGAAGAAGCAAAAUACCUUGUUAAGCGUAUGCUUGAUCCAGAUCCAGACACCAGAAUCAAAGUUCAAGAGGCUCUUGAUCAUUCCUGGAUACAACAUAGGGAGCAUGGUAGAAAUGUUUCUCUUGGAGACCAAGUGAGAAUGAGAAUCAAGCAAUUCUCCUUGAUGAACAGAUUCAAAAAGAAAGUCCUUAGAGUUGUGGCUGAUAACUUGCCAGAUGAACAAAUUGAUGGGCUUAGACAAAUGUUUGAUAUGAUGGACAAGGACAAAAAUGGACACUUAACAUUUGAAGAGCUCAAAGAUGGUUUUUCAAUGAUUGGACAUGUUAUUCCUGAUCCUGAUGUCAGGAUGUUAAUAGAUGCUGCAGACUUUGACGGAAAUGGCACCUUGAAUUGUGAAGAGUUCAUCACGAUGAGUGUUCAUUUGAGAAGAAUUGGAAAUGAUGAGCAUCUCUCUGAAGCUUUCAAUUUCUUUGACAAGAAUCAGAGUGGAUACGUUGAGUUUGAGGAGUUGAAAGACGCAUUAUCGGACGAUGACUCAACCGACGACCAGGUGAUCAGAGACAUUCUAAAUGACGUCGACUUGGAUAAGGAUGGUCGAAUAAGUUUUGAGGAAUUUAAGGCAAUGAUGAAGUCAGGAGGAGAUUGGAAAAUGGCAUCUCGACAAUAUUCAAGAGCAUUAUUAAAUGCAUUAAGCUUCAGAAUGUUUAAAGACAAAUCUGCUGGAGUAGUAACUACUAACUAACUAAAUCAAAAAUUACAUGUGGUGGGUAUAGGCAAAAUUCAGAGUUCAUAUGAUAUGAUGCAGAGCACUGUACCAUUAAUAAAUCAGCAGCAUGCAUAUAUGUUGAAACAUUUUGAGCUGGGUACAGUUUGGGAGUGUGCAUGGAUAACAAGCCUCAUCUGGAUAUAGUGAUCUCUGUUAAUUAUUAAUUUAUUCAUUUUAUUUCAUUAAUUGUUGUGAUUGUGAAAAUCAUCUGAAUAUUUGAGAGAUUGAAAUUAACUGGUUUUGAAAAUGGGAUUAUUCUAACUAAUGACACAUUGGUUAGUUGGUGAUA